AUGAUUGACGUGGAAGAAACAUUCAAGACGAUCGCGCACCGCGAUCAUCAGUGGGACUACUGCCACGAGGAAGGCCACCUCAAGAAAUAUUCAGGAAUGGUAACAACAACCAUACUUUUAACUGACCGUCGCCGUGAGAUUUUUGUAACGGCUCCGGCAUCGUUCACUACGAAUGAGGCAUGGGGCAAAAACCUACUCUUCAAAAAACUAUACAAAAUCUUCCGAAGCCUUUCUCCUAAAGCUCUUAUGCUCCGUCUGGACGCCGACGGUCUCUUGGAAGAGCUCUCAUCAGACCCUGCAGAGUUUGAAAGUCUGAGAGAACGUAGCCCAAUACAGACACUUGCGGAUAUACCAAAGCCACUUCUUUCCGAUACUCCCUUUUCUACCUGGCCCACACUUCAACGCACGGAAUUGAUCGAACUGGACCGUUUCACAUGCAAUGUCGAUCUUGUGAAGCUAGCCGGCCAGACUGAAGCGUCUCUAGUGGCCAAAUACAUCUUUGACGAUAAUGGGAUGAUGUUUAUUUGGCAUGAGAUCAAUAUGUUGAUGGCAUUGCAGCCUCAUCCCUCUAUACUCCCUCUCGAUCGUAUCAUAUUAGGUGACAAGGGUCACAUAAUUGGUAUAACAACUAGAUACAUCCGAGGAGGGACUAUUUCAUCUAAGAAAGAUCGAGUAGUUAAGCUUAAGUGGCUUAAGCAGCUCACCGAGGUUCUAGAUUUUCUCCACCUCGACCAAGGCGUUAUACAUGGCGACCUCAAGUUGGAUAACAUAUUAAUCGAUGAGGAGUCUGAUAGACUUUUACUAUGCGACUUCGAGAGGUCGAGAAAGGCUUUACCACAUAGGAUGGAUGAGGAAUUAUCUAACGCUGUUUGGGUGUUAUACUCACUUAUCACACAAGACUAUGAUGCUAUAAUGACACAGUUUUGGGAGACAUGGGCUCAGGGUAGAGUUGACCUUGAUUCCGAGGUAAUUGAAAGAUUGCCCGCUUGGCCAUUGAAGGCGAAGCUAGAUUGCGACUUAAAAGAGUUUAAAGAACAUCUCGGGGAAUGGCUCAAUAAGCGCAGAGAAACAUUGGACGAUCGUGAGCCAAAGAAUGAUAUCCUUAUGGAGUGGGAAGAUAAACAACAUUUCCCACGGCUGCCACAUCUCGCGCAUAUCCCGUUAGAUCCUGUCAUGGCCGAAGGUCGUUGGGUGUCGAAAGCAGUGGAUAUUGACUGGGAAAGACCACCGUACGAGGAGGCGUAUCCGGAUAAAGCACCUAAAAAGGAGGAACCUGAGUCAAAACUGACCUACAAGCAACAAAUAAGGCUCGAGCCUUUCUCGGAUAAAAUUGAUGAAAUCGAAGCCCCUUAUAUUUCUGUACAGAAAGAACCGGAUAAGAAGAGGAAGACGUCAAUCUCUGUAGAGAAUCAACCACCAUUGAAAAAGUCGAAGACGCCAAAGGUUGAAAAUGGGGAUGAGAAAGGUGAGGAGAAGGAGCAGGAGCAGGAGCAAGAGAAGGGGAAGGGGAAGGCAAAAGGAAAAGGAAAAGGGAAAGCAAAGGGAAAAAAGAAAGAGUAA